AUGCGUGAAAUGCCGCAGCCGCAGUCGUCAUGUAUUGGAUGUAGAAUUAAGACACAUAACAGCGCAGGUAUAGGAGCUCGGCCUUUACAUCUCCCCGAACCAGUUGAUUCCGCGGAAGGAAACCGCCACGCAAUCAAAGUGCUGCUUUUAUACAUGAACCAUAUGGAGGUGACGAUGAGUUCGCUAACCGCAGGCGCUUCCAUCUUUUCACUCUUGUGGCUCAUUAUUUUUGUAGCGUGGGAGAAAGAAUCGGUGGAGGAUUCACUACUUCUGUACAUUGCCAUCACACACAGUUAUGAGGGUGCUGCUUUUCAGUUCUUGUUCAUUUUACUUUUAGUUGCCUCCUUGACGCCAUUUGCAUGGAGGUUUGCAAAUAAACAGUGCGCUGAGGAAGUGAGUGAUAGAUGCCCCGCUGGUAUUAAUCCUCUUCCUCAGCAUUUGUUCCGUCGCGAGGGUAUUAUUGACGGUGCGCGUUUCCCCAUUUCGUGCAAUCCCGUCACUUCACAUGUUGAUACGUGUAGCAAUGCUGCAACAGUAGUGGCUCCUGGCUUACGGUGUGAUGUGAGGCAUUCAAAUGCAGGAGUCAAAACACAAAGUCACUUGCAACAGCACAAAGACAUUUCCCAUGGAGGUGAUGUUGCGCCUAACGCUGCUGCUGCCGCUUCGUGGGAAGUUGAGGUAUCGCUUAAAAGUCCGUGGAUGUUAUUGUUGAAGCCGAUUGUACCGUUGUAUAUAACUUGCACGGCCCUCACCGUGGCGCAAAUUGCUCUUACAGAAGGGUGGGAUGCUGCGAAAUUACAAAAAGUUGCUGCGGCGGAUGCUGCGAGCCUGCGAAUUGUUUUGUUGACGGUAAUAUCUGUCCGAGCUGGUCUUAUGUCACUCGCGGUGCUAUGUAACCUUUUCAGACCUUCCAAGGAAAUGAAGGUUUAUUUCCUUUCAUGA